AUGUUGGAAAAUAUUAAAUAUUUAUUAAUUCCACAAUCGAGAGAGAGAUACGGAAUUUAUCCAAAUGUUUUGAAAGAAGUGUUUAGCUAAUUGUCACGAAGUGCAUAGCUAUACAUUUAUUUUACAAUAACAAAAUUAGUGAUAACAUUAAUUUUUUUGGGAGAAGGAUUAUAAUGUGAGAUUUCGGUGUCACAUUCAAUAGCAACAACAAUAAUAUUACACUGUAUAUUCCUAUUAUGCCAUGAGUUUAAGUACAAGAUGGAAUUGGAAAACAUUGAUAAAUUAAAUAUAAUUCAAUAAUCAUUAGAAUAAUAAGGAGUGAAUUUAGAAUAGAUCCCAGAUAGAUAAGGAUUGAACAAGUUAAUGAUGACAGUAAAGAAAUUAAUAUUUGCUUAAUGUCCAGAUUUGAAUGUAAAAUACAGUAAUAUUUAAAUAGAGAGAAUCGAAAUAUUUGAACUUUUUUGCAUAGGUGAUAAUAAUGAGGUUUUUUUUUUUGAUGUUAGAUUCGCCAUUUAAUUUUAAUAUUUUUUAAUACUUUUAGGAUAGUUGUGAAGCCAAUUUACUAAACAUAACAUUGAUAAUGGUUUUAUCAAUGUUUUUGGAAUUUAUCUUUUUGUAUUGUUUAGUGUUUGCUUUAUUGAUUGCAUUACCGUAGAAUUUAAAUUUAAAUAUUAUUUUAGAUUGUUAUGUUGUUUAUCAAUAUAUAGAAAGGGUAAAUAAUUGUAUUCGAUUCGUCGAUUAAAAUAAUACCUAGAUUCAAUUCCAGUUCAUAAGUAUUAGGGAAUAGAUGAUCCAUGGAUGAAGGAAGAUAAAAGUUGUUGUAUUUGUAUGCAAGAAUAUGCAUAAUAUGAGAGUAUUCUGUAAUUACCUUGUAGUGGAUAACACUAAUUCCAUGAAGUUUGUGUUAGAAAUUGGUUUAAUGUAUUAGAUUUAUUAUUAUUAUGACUAAUAGGUAUCUACUAAUUGUCCAAUUUGCAGAUAAUAGUUAGGUUGAC